AUGCCAAAGCGCGACCGCGAGCACUGGGGCUCACUCGUGCCGCAUAACUCCCUGUGUGGCCGCCGUCCCGUCCCACUCUGCAGCCCAACUAUCGUGAUUGGCAAGGACGGCGACGUCACAGCGCCGCACAACCCGCACCUCUCCAAGCACCACAUCAGACUGGAGCGAGUGGAUGACGGCAGCGUCUACGCGACGCACCUAUCCGCCCUCAACGACACCUGGCUCAACGGCGCCAAGCUCGAGCGCGACCGGCGGACCCUCGUCGUGCCGUGCGCGGGCAACGCGCCGUUCAGCCUGAGAGGCGAGGCGCCUGACGCGCCGCUCCUCUUCGUCAGCGUCCCGCACGCCGAGGCGGGACGCGCGGGUGUCCAGGACAAGAAGCUCAAUGGCUGGCAGACAAUUUUUCGUGGCGUGCGGCUGCUGGUGGCGACGCGGCUGUGCAAGCAGGUGCAGGAGGGGGUGGUGCGGCGCGGCGGCGGAGAGGUGGUGGGUGGCGUCCAGGAGGCGACGCACGUUACACUCGAGUGUCAUCGCCGCGCCGAGGAGCUGCUGUCCCUGAAGACCAUCCCGCGGGACGAGUGGCCGCGCCUCGUCACGCAGGAGUGGGUCGGGCAGUGCUCCAAGGUCCUCUCGGCCGACGGCACGCGGACUGGCGUGCUCCGCAAGCACCUGCACCCCGACGCGGUGGAGCGCCGCGAGCCCCCCUCGCCCGCCUCGCCUGCCAGUUCUCCGCCUUUUCUGCCGGACCCGCGUCCGGCGGUCGCGCAUCCAGCGGACCCGCCGGCAGCAGCCGUAGACUCGGGUCGCGAGGGCGGCAGUGGCGGCGGCAGCGACGACCCGAACGAGGUGGCAAUUAUCGACGGCAGGGAGCAUCGCUGGGUCCCGGCAGCCUCGGGCGCGCCGGAGUCUCGGCUGUGGCCAGGCGGCUUUACGCGGCUCACAGAGUUCCGGAAUUGCGCCGGGCUCGAGUGGCGCGGCGAAUUCCUCGGCUGA